GCCGACCUCCCAUGGCAAGAACUCGUAAAGCCAAAGUCAGUUCAGCGAAUGCUACCUCGCCCAAGGUCGAGAUACCUGAAGACGAGCAAUGGCGCUUGAUUGACGAGAGCGGUAUCCUGGACAAAAUCCAAACACCGGGUGUAACUAAAGAUAUUGCAAAUGCCGAACACACGACAGUCCGUGCGGAAGAAGAGGAGACACCACUUGCAGAUGAGAUAUUCAGUGCAGCCAUUCUCAUCAUGCCCUUUACAUUCUUCUUCCUUUUAAUGGACAUCCUGAUCCACCAACAAUACGCAAGACAACCUGGAUUCAAAGAGCUAGCAGGGAGACUGGCAAACAACAUUCCCAUACUGUCUCUUUUUGUAUUUUACACUUCGCGCCAUAAGGCUGACCGACGCACGCAAGCCCUUCUAUUUCUCAUCUCACUCUUCGUAGGUCCAAGGAUGAUUUGGCUAAUCAACCGUGGCUCAUGGCUAGUCAAUAUGCGACAAUGCCCUCCCUUUGCCACAGUUUGGCUGUACGCUGUUGUGCAGAUGAACUUGGGACUAGCGGUAGCAAGUCUGAUUCUUAUCUUCGGUUGGGUAUGGUGGUCGGGCAUGAAACUCCUCCUAUAGACGAUGACUAGUAAAAACUCUAUGGACAUUC